GUCAUGAGUGGGCCUGAUUGGACUCUCUUUCAGAUAUUUUCCUCAAUCCUGCCUUCCUUUCUUCUCAGCCCUCCGAUUUCUGGCGGUUAAAUCCCCACUCCUCCUCUCCGCCCUUGGAUCCCCCACACUCAAUUUGCAGCUGAUAUUUUUUUAGAUAUUUUUUUUUCUGCGUUUUCUUUUCCUUUGCAUGAUGAGAUUUUCAGCCACCGUUUUCUUCUUCUUCUUCAUUCACACCAUUCUCCCUUUCCUACUCCUUCUCCUUCUUCUUCGUUUCUGAUUACGCCUUCGACUGACAUAGAGAGGACUGCUACUAAAUGGGCGAGGCCGUGGUCGUCAGCUCUGAGGAUGUGGAUGUCGAUUAUAUCAGGCUCCACAACGACGAUAUGGCGGACGCAGAGAGUAUGGGCACUCACAGACCUAACAGAGAUGGAAGUUCAAGUGGGUUUGGGAUCGGGAUUAAGUGGGAGCGCUUCUUGCCCAAGAUGAGGCUCAGGGUUUUGCUCGUCGAAGCCGACGAUUCCACCAGACAGAUUAUCACUGCCCUUCUCCGCAAGUGCUGCUACCGAGUUGCUGCUGUUCCUGAUGGCUUGAAAGCAUGGGAGAUUCUCAAAGAAAGGCCCUGUAAUGUAGAUCUUAUAUUGGCGGAAGUUGAAUUGCCAUCAAUCUCUGGAUUUGCUCUGCUAACUCUGAUCAUGGAGCACGAGACUUGCAAAAAUAUUCCUGUUAUAAUGAUGUCCUCCGAAGAUUCUAUCAGCACUGUUUAUAAAUGCAUGAUGAAAGGUGCAGCAGACUAUCUUGUCAAGCCCUUAAGGAGGAAUGAGCUGAGAAAUCUGUGGCAACAUGUUUGGAGAAGACAAACAUCAUCCAAUGUGAGAACUGACGUUCAAGAAAAGGUUGAAGUCACUUCAGAAAAUGAGACUGCAAGCAAUCACUCAACUGGUUAUGUUGCUGGAGUUCAGAGGAAUAAUAAAAACAUUGAGAAAGGAAGUGAUACUCAGAGCUCUUGUACGAAGGUAGAUUUCGAGGCUGGAAGUAAGAUGCAGGAAAAUUCACAGCGUAGGCAGGGAAGAGCCUCUCCCAACGACUUCAAGCUACAAAAAGAUGAACAUCACAUCAAUUUGAGUCAAAGAUUGUUUAUGCAUGAAAAUGAAACUGGAGGAUUGGCAAUGAGUUGCUAUGUCAAUGCUGAUUUACCAAUCACACUAAGCAUGGGUCUUGAGCCGGUCAAUGAUGGGAGAAGUCCUAAUAUUGCUAGUGAAGCAGGUGAUGAUAAGGAUUUGCUUGCCAACCCAUCCAGAGAUGCAACUGCCUUGAAUCAUGCCUGUAUCAAGUAUCCCGAUAACUACCAAAAAGGUUCUCCAUCCAACAAUUUUGCCGCAAACAAUUUUGGCUCUGCUCUUCACUUGGAUCUUUCCCUGAGAAGAUGUCAACCUAACGAUUUUGAGGAACGUGCUGCAGGACGGGCUACCCUCAAACAUUCUAGUGCUUCAGCUUUUACAAGAUACACUUUCAGGCCAUUGCAAUCACUUCAAGCAAAAUCAAGUAGUAUCUGUGAUGAGCAAAAGGAAUUUGGAAGCAACCCCGAGCAUAUUGGAAGUAUUACUGCUACUUCUACCUCUGAUGCCAUUAAUCCUACGCCAAAUCUUCAAAAGAGUAAUACUUCUAUGCCUAUGAUCACGAGUCAAUCUACUCAGUCUGAAGUUGCUAAAUCAAGCACUUCGGAGACGGUAAUCCCUCUACAAGUGUCAGUGAAAGAUUUGAUGUCUAAUAAUCAAUGCUCAGCCUCGGGCUAUGGCUCUUUACCUUCUCACAACUUCUGCACGCAACGGGGUAGCCCAUCGUCUCCAUGCCAAACUCCAGUCACCCAUCCCGAACUCAUCUUUGGAAAACAGACGGUUUAUCCCUUAAACCUUGAGAAUCAUAAUUUGGAGCAAUUUCUGAACCAGCACCACAACGUAAGCAGUCCAGCAAGCAGAAAGAUAGAAAACUCGGGCCAGUCCGCAGAAAAUCAAGGCCAUAUAUCUCCUACCACUGAUCACAGUGCAAACAGUAAUGUAUGUGGUGGUAAUACAACUCAUAUUGGAAGCGUUGGAUAUCCUAGCACCUGCGGAAGCAACAGCAAUGUAGAUCGGGUUGGCGCUGCAAGGGUUACAUCUGAGAGCAGAAAUGAAGAAGCUUUGUUUUGUGGAGGAGAUUCUCACCGGUCCAGUCAAAGAGAAGCAGCUCUAACAAAGUUCCGACUGAAAAGAAAAGAUAGAUGUUAUGAGAAAAAGGUCCGUUAUGAGAGUAGAAAAAAGCUGGCAGAGCAGCGUCCAAGAGUGAAGGGACAGUUUGUCCGUAGAGUAGUUACUGUUCCAUUGCCUGCAGAAACCAAUGACAAUACAUCCAACGGUUAGCAGUUGGAAAUAGGAGCGCCUGUAAAGCCCUUGAAUAAGCGUUAAACCUUAUCGCUGCCUUUCCCCCACCACUUAAUAAUACUCAUAGAAACCGAUAAAACAAGAGUGUUUGCUUUGGAAACCACAGGAACAGGAAGCAUAAGCUGCCUUCUUCCCUUUCAUAUUCAUUUUAUUUGCCUCUACUUCCCAGGUUUCUCUCUAUCUUUUGUAUAAGAGCUUUGUAAUCUUUAGAAAUUUCAUGAGAUUCUUUAUAUUUAACAUGUAGAUACACAUUUUCAUUCCAACAUCUGUAUAUUAAUAUUAUUUUUUUCCCAUUUUGGUCUAUUAA